AGCAUGGCCCUGGCGGAUGCCCUGGAGCGGCUGCAGGAGGAGGCCAUCUGCCCCAUCUGCCUGGAGUGUAUGAGCGAGCCGGUCAGCAUCGACUGCGGGCACAACUUCUGCCGGGGCUGCAUCGUCCGGCACUGCCAGGACAAGGGGCUGUGGGCCGAUGGGUCCUUCUCCUGCCCGCAGUGCCGGGCCUCCUGCCACCGCAGCGGCCUCCGACCCAACCGGCAGCUGGCCAACAUCGUGGAGAGCAUCCGGCAGCUGGGGCUGGGGGCCGGCCCGGGGCUGGAGCUGGGCCCGGGGCCGCCGCUCUGCGCCCAGCACGGCGAGCGCCUCAAGCUCUUCUGCGAGGAGGACGGGAAGGCCAUCUGCGUGGUGUGCCGGGAGUCCCUGCACCACCGCUCCCACACCAUCUGCCCCAUCGAGGAGGCUGUGCAGGUCUACAAGGUCAAACUCCAUAAAUCCCUGGAGCAUCUUUUGAAGGAAAUGGAGGACGUGAAGAAGCAUGAAUCAACAGAAAAGAUGAAAACCCAGGAGUGCAAGGAGACAGUGAGAAAGAAGCGGGAGAGGAUUGUGAGCGAGUUCGGGAAGCUGCAUCGGCUGCUGGCUGACGACGAGAAGCUGCUGCUGCAGAAGCUGGAGGAGGAGGAGAAGCGAAUCCUGUUGCUGAUUAAUGAAAACUUGUCCAUGCUGGUGGAGCAGAAGUCCCUUCUGGAGGAGCUGAUCCUGGAGAUAAAGGAAAAGACCCAGCAGUCAGCUGAGGAGCUGCUCAAGGUCAGGCUGUGCCACCAGUGUGAUGGGAUAAAGUUCCCAUCCCCCAAGGCUGUGUCUGUGACCCUGAAGGAAAACUACAGCAUCCCAGAGCACUGCCUGUGCAUGAGGGACAUGCUGAAGAAGUUCAAAGUGGAUGUGAGUCUGGACCCCGAGACGGCGCACCCGGAGCUCACCCUGUCGGAGGACCGCAAGAGUGUGCGGCGUGGCGGCAAGAAGCUGCUGCUCUCCCUCUUCGACAGCCCCAGGAGGUUUGGCACGGUGCCGGCGGUGCUGGGCAGCCAGGCCUUCUUCUCGGGCCGCAGCUACUGGGAGGUGCAGGUGGGGGACAAGCCCGAGUGGGGCUUGGGGCUGUGCCGGGAGAACGCCAACCGGCGAGGCAACGUCGUCUUCUGCCCCAACAACGGCUACUGGGUGCUGCGGCUGCAGAGCGGGGGAGGCUACGAGGCCCUCACCUCCCCAGCCUCCCCUCUGAGCCUGAGCAUCAGGCCCCGGCGCGUGGGGAUCUUCCUCGACUACGAGGCAGGAGAGAUCUCCUUCUACAACGUCAGCGACCGCUCCCACAUCUACACCUUCACAGACAAGUUUUCGGGGAACCUGCGGCCUCUCUUCUUCCUGGGUGCCUUUUUGGGGGGCAGAAAUGCAGAGCCCUUGGUGAUCUCCUGGGUCAGGGACACGCAAGGGAGCAGCUGCGUUGUGCUGUGAUGGCUGCUCCGGGCUGUUGGUGGUGAGACCUGGGAGCCUGGCUGCUUCCUCCCGCUGGGGGAAGUCUGUGUGCCUUGGUGAGCACCAUGGUAGGGUUCCACAGAGUCACUGAACCCCAGCGUGGUGGGGCUGGAAGGGACCUCUGGAGAUCAUCCAGUCCAACCGCCCUGCUAGGGCAGGAACACCUGGAGCAGAUCCCCACUGGCUGCUGGGGGAGUCUGACACCCACUGUGUGCAUACUCAUGUUGGGGUCAUGUCGUAACCCCAUGUGUCACUGGUGGGGACAGAGACUCACACUGACCUCUGCUGCCCUGCCUCACAGCCAGCUGCCACACAGUGCUGCUUUUGGUGUGAGCUGGACUGGAACAGGGCAAUAAAGGGUUGAU